AUUCUUUCAGGAACGGAAAGCAUACAAAAAUCUAAUAUUCCGCUGUGUGAAGACCUUGAACCUACCCAGACCUGGGAUUUAUCAAGUCCGACGGGUCACCAGGAGAUGAAGGAGUUCGUAAAUCAAAUCAAGUAUUUGGACUAUUGGGAUAUGGCCCGUAUUCAAAGGAAAUCUUAA